GCCAUGUGGGCAACGAUUGCGGAUGUGCAGCCGCUCGUCUUGGCCUUUGCGGGGCCAUUGACGGAGUACCUAAACGGUGUCCUCGACGAAGAGCUGAAGUACAACGCCAGGAACCGCGAAGAAGUUACGCUGCGCAUCUGGACCGACGCCUUCCGCAUGGACUGGUCCGGGCCGCUCGAGCGCCUUCCGUGCUCGCCAUGCCUCCGUGACGUCGACUUCGCUUGCAUCCGAACCAAGACCAUGUACAACACGGUCAUGGCGUACUUCGGCAAGUGCUGGCGGAGCGUCCAGCGAAGUGAUUAUUGCAACGCCACCUUUGCGCUUGCGAACAGCGGGAACUGGACAAAAGACCUUUCGCUCUGCGACACGGACGCAGCCGCCUUGCGGAACCUGUGGCUCGAGGACCUCGCGCCCUUCCUCGAGUAUCCGAUCGCGCUCGCCUAUGCAGCGGUCUUUGGCGGCCACUAUGAGCUCCUCCGCUACCUCGUCCGCGAGAAGGGUGUCGUCGUUGCUGACUUUGGCUACCUCCACCGGCUUGGUCGCGGUGGCUUUGCGAUGGACGUCGCUGCCAAGUACGGUCAUCUUGCCGUCCUCCAGCUGCUCCACGACGGCGGAGCGUCCUCGUGCACGACAGCAGCCAUGGACGACGCUGCGAUGAACGGUCAUCUCGACGUCGUUCAGUGGCUCCAGCAGCACCGCACCGAAGGCUGCUCCCCCAAUGUGCUCGAUUGGGUCGUCAUGAAUGGAGACACAGCCAUUGUCCGCUUCCUCCAAGUAAAGUACAACGUCGCAUUCUCGCCAGAGGCACUUCAGCAUGCCGCCUCGCGACCCGACCUCGACAUUGUCAAGCAGCUGCACUACGUAUGGCACGCGCCGUGCACGACAGCGACCAUGGACGAGGCCGCGCUCGCGGGCAACUUGGCAAUCGUCGAGUUUUUGCAUCGACACCGAACCGAAGGUUGCACGGCGCGGGCUAUGGACAACGCAGCCUUCGACGGGUCCGUCGACGUCGUCCGCUUCCUCCACGAGCACCGUAGCGAAGGCUGCACGACCCUCGCGAUCGACGCGGCCGCCCGACGGGGACACCUCUCGGUCGUCGAGUUCCUGACAAAUCACCGAAGCGAGGGGUGCACGGUGCAUGCGAUGGACCGCGCAGCGCAUCGCGGCCGCGAAAACGUCGUGCGCUACCUCCACGAACAUCGAACCGAAGGCUGCACGACGCGCGCGAUCGAUUGGGCCGCGUCCGCCGGCCACCUCUCGAUCGUCCGCUUCCUCCUCACGCAUCGCUCGGAAGGCUUUACGUUCCGGGGCAUCUACUGGGCGGCGGAGUACGACCAUCGCGACUACCCCGCCAUCUUGGCCUUGCUGCUCUCGCACGACACGACCAAAGUGCACACGGCGGCGGCCGUCGCACGAGCCUUGCGCCUCGGUGACCGCAAGACCUUUGACGCGCUCGCCGCCGCCGGCUGCAUCAGCGAUGACGUGGACGUUGACGCCAUCGACUGGCGACUGCCGCGUCGCGGGGACGCGAUACAGGACGACCCUGCCACCGGGGGGUACAGCUGUGCCGACGCCGACGAGGACGAAGAGUACUUUCGGUUCCCGAGAUUUUUUGACAAAUUUUUGACCAAGGGCAUGUAA